UCUACGAACUGACGUAGCGUACCGAACCGUGACCAAAACUGUGUAACAUCGCUCCACUUAGGAAAAUGCAAAGUAAUUACUGAAUGUAAUAAGUUUUUCUGCGUUAAGACAAAAAAAAAUUCGAGUAUAAAAUGAUUGUUUUGUGUAUAAGUGUGUCUAUGGAAGUGAAAUUAAUAGAUUUGUGAACCAAAUUACUGACUUGAGUACGCCGGAAAUGAUGUUGGGGAGGGUUAAUUCGAGUAUAACAUUUAAUAAGAUUACGAUGCGCUUAUACGAAAUGACAACAAUGAAGAUUUGAGGUACGUGGCCGCAUAGGGAAUGACGCUCGGCGGUGAAGACGAUAGAUGCGGCGCGGGCUGAAUCGUCGCGUGGCAUGUGGGUGCUGCUAAUGUUCGCGAUGGCGGUGGCCGUCUCCGCCGAAUGUCCUCGCCACUGUGAAUGCAAAUGGCGAAGUGGUAAAGAGUCCGCUCUGUGUGCUCGCGCCGGCCUCAACGCUGUCCCGCCGAGGCUAGAUCCAACCACUCAGCUGCUAGACCUGGCUGAAAACCGAAUAGUUACUCUACGCGAUGAUGCUUUCGCAGCUGCAGGCCUCCUAAAUCUUCAACGUCUCUACCUACCUGCCUGUAAUUUAAAAAUCAUCCGUCAGUACGCCUUUCGCGCUCUCGUUAAUCUGGUUGAACUGGAUCUUUCUCGAAAUCGAUUGGAGUCAGUGCCAUCUCAAGCUUUUGAUUCAAUACCUGAACUCCGGGAACUUCGUCUUGGCGGUAAUCCGAUCACAAAAAUAAAGGACGACUCCUUCUCAGCUUUACCGCAUCUGGUUAGAUUAACUCUGAGUGCUUGUCGAAUAUCAGAAAUCGAGCCAAGAGGGUUCAAGGGAUUGGAAGGUUCACUAGAGUAUUUGGAACUUAGUAAAAAUAAACUGCAAGUCCUUCACGUUGCAGUGUUGGCACCGUUAAGAUCCUUAAAGGGAUUAGAACUUGCCAAUAAUCCUUGGAAUUGCAAUUGUGAUCUCCGACCUAUGCGAGAUUGGAUGAUUAAAAAGAACGUCCCAGCAACUGUUGUACCCGAUUGCGCCUUACCUACACGGCUAAUGACACAGUCUUGGGAUCGAUUAGACUUGGAAGAUUUCGCAUGCCUUCCUGAAGUAACAGGAAUAUCAAAUAAUUUUAAGGGUUUGGAAGGAGAUGAGGUGACACUUGUUUGCAAAGUCAUUGGUGUCCCGGCACCGAGAGUGCGAUGGGUUCGUGCUGGACGGCUGUUAGCUAACACUACUACAACAGCAGGGAACUUUAAUUCCGGAAGGACUUUUAUGUUACGUAGUGAAGGACAAACAAGUAAUUUGACAAUUAAAUCAGCAGAUAUACAAGACUCUGGACUUUAUACGUGUAAUGCUGAAAAUAGGGCUGGAAAAGCGGAAGUGGUUUUAAAUUUGACUAUUGAAAAGAAACCCCAAAGUAGAGGUUUCGGUGGCAGAGCACUAAUGGCCGGUAUGGCCGUCUCUGCAGUGAUAGUGUUAAGUUCGUGUUUAAUAGGACUAUGUGCGUAUGAAACUCGUAAAAAAAGACAGCUAGAUAGGUGGAAUGAACAAAUAGUUACGUCAAAUCAUAAUGAAAAUAAUUAUGAAAAAAUUGAAGCUAAUUUAAAAACAAACGCGGAGAUGCCAAGAGUUAUUACCUCAGACAAUAGUCGUAAAAGAGGGGACUAUAGAAACGUUCCUUCACAUGAUCCCGAAGAAGACUAUGAAGGUUAUAAUCGCGAAGAACUCAGAGACCACAGAGAGUGUACUACGCCGCCGCGCGAAGCAAGGUGGCGGAGAUCUGAACCUUCAUCUGCAAGAUCUGGGGAACUAAUUCAAGAUUUACAUAUACCGAGGAUGAGCCAAUACAAUGUUAGAUCUGAUGCUACACCUGAUUCAAUACAAAGUUCGAAAUCAGCAGGGCUUUUAAGCGGUCACGUGGAGAUUAUAUCUGAAAAUAAUCGAUUUAAUAAUAAUGCCAGGUCAUGUUCGCGGCCCCGAACACGGGACCGUCUCGAUAACGAUCUAUCUGGUAGCGACAGUGAAAAGAAUUAUCCUGAUCUUAUAGAAAUGAGUGCCUUAGGCACAACAUCUUAUUUUCGCAGUGAUUCGAAACACGAUCCUUAUUAUUUUUAUACAAUUCCUCGGAGGAAAGAUGGCGACAGUCGCAGUCCUCUCUUAAGUAGUCGUAGAAAUAGUUCUGGGGGUGAUUCUAUUACUUUUCUUGAUAGAAAUUACGAGAAAAGUCGGCAACGCUCAAGUGGACGUCGAUCAAAUAGCUUUUUGGACCUCUCUGUUGGUGGUAAUCGAAUACGACGCAACCCUAGUCUACCGGCUUCACCCUCCAGAGAGCAAGCGUCAGUUCCGUCCGCUACACCACUUUUGGAUUUAUCAGGUCUUAGAGAUUAUUCGCGUACGGGUCAGCCUUUUGAGGAUUUUGACUUUAGAGCUUCACAGCUCGAAAAGUUUUUAGAAGAAUAUAGAACAUUAAGGGAACAACUUUCAAGAAUGAAGGAAACUCGAGAAAAUCUACAAAGGACAAGGGCUGUGGAAAACGAAGAGCUAAGAGCUAUACUUAAAGGUAAACCUAGUAUAGCUGUUACCGAAACUUCAUCUUCUGUAGCUCUGGCAGACGCCGCUUCUCCGUUGGCUCUGAGUCCACCGGAAUAUAAGCCUCAACAACAAAGGCCUGAAUGGCUAACCACACUACUAUACCGUAACUAAAUUUCGUUGUAAAUAUUUAUAUUUGAACUGAUGUUAAUGAUAAGCAAUUAAAUUGUUUGUAAGAAAAGUGAUAAAAAAUAGUGUCAUUCUUUUCAAGUUGAAAU